AUGAUUUUCUUGUUGGUGUUGUUGCUUUGCCUCGUGGCAGCGGCGGUGGUCGCUGACACAACUGUUGACUGCACAGGCUUGAACGCCAUCAGUCCUCGCUGCAUCUCUACCGAGGCGGCUUAUCGAAGAGACUCGUUCUAUGUUGGCGGCAACUACGUACCAUACAAUGGCACAUAUCAAAGCCUCACAAUUGGUCAAAUCUAUGUCGAAAAGCUGACUCCACUAUCUGGAGUCAAUCAAUCGAACCCGCUUGUCUUUAUUUCGGCUGGCAUACCACCAGGCUCAGCCGGCUAUCAGGUCUAUAUACUCGAUGUGAUUGGAAACGGCCGAAGCACCCAAAACGACCUGGCAGAUUACACAAUCAAGCUCGGAUCGACAGACAACAUCACGCAGAAUGGUUUCACCGCUCCGGAACUGGCCGAUUACUAUCCGCAGGCAGAAGGCCAUGACAAGUGGCCCGGGACGGGCGUCCGAGGCGAUCCCGUCUUUGACGCUUUCGAAGCGACCAUGAUCCCUCUAAACUCAAAUUCCACGAGCGGAGAGCUUGCCAUGAGGGCGGCAGGCUGUCGCUUAUUGGAGUUGGUGGGAGAGUCUUUCACGUUUUGUCAUUCGGCAUCGUGCCAGUAUACCGUCCUCAUGUCGGACGAGUGCCCCGACCUGGUUAAGGCGACGAUCAAUCUGGAGCCCACCGUGAUUCCCUUUCAAUCGCUGGUAGGAGGCGCCAAUGACCCGUCCGGCCGCUCUCGGUCGCGAGCAUACGGCUUGACCAAUACUCCCAUAACCUAUAAUCCCCCAAUCCAGUCAGCUAGCGAGCUCAACCCUGUAGAGGUUGGGACUGACACCCCUGCCUUACGCUCCUGUUUCUUGCAGGCGAGCAACUCGACCAUACAUACCCUGCCAGAGAUUGCGAAGGUGCCAUUCAUCAUGUACACUGGAAGUGCAAGCCCGCAUAUCACAUAUGAUCACUGUGUAGCGCUCUACUUGGAUCAGACACAAGUAGCUUAUGAGUGGAUCAAGCUGGAAGACAUCGGGAUCCUUGGGAAUGGGCAUUUCAUGUAUCUCGAGACAAAUAACAUUGAGAUUGCAGAUGUGGUGUAUGCAAAGCUACAGGAACUGGCAGACUAG